CGCCAGACGCACCCAGACUAAGAGUCGACAACAUCGAUCGCCCCUUGUUCGGGUCCUGUCUUCCGCACAAACGCAAACUAUGCCAGGCCACCGCUGACAGCACCGAACCCUCGGCUGCUCGCUACUCUUCCAAUUCACCUUCCGACCCCUCCCGGUCACCCUCUCCCUCCCCACAGCUCUCCCCAGUCCAGCCUCGUCUGCGUUCUGAUAUCAGGCUGCCCAGCUUGGCUCAAUCCGUCACGGCCCCUCUAUCUUUGAUUGCACAGGACAGGCAUACCUCCCAGCACCGGCCCCAUCCAGAUUCAGCACCCCCAAUCUCGCAGGCAACCGCCUUCCGUCCAAAUUUACGACUUCCUGAUCCCCUCGAUCAGCGUGGUUUCUCAUCCACUCGUCCCAUUGAUAAAUCAGACCGCCCCUUGGCUGCUCACUACUCUUCAUCUCCCGCCUCAGGCCCAUCACUCCUCCGCAAAUCCUCUCCAUCUCGCCUAGACAAGCUCACCCUCCCCGCUAUUCACAACAUGCCUACCAGAGUCGAGUCCAUGCCUCUUCCUCCUUCACAUCGCCGCGACUCUUACGAUAGUCGCCCGUACGAUUAUGGGUACAGUCGACGACCCUCGCCUCCCCCCAUUGCCGCCAUAUCCCACUCACCCUCUCUCUCCGUCUCGUCUCUCGAUCGUUCCUCCGUGUCCUCACCAGCUCCCAGGAGGUCACCAACUGAUCACGGGGUCGCAUCAGACGUUCACGCAGGAUACAGGGAUCCCUAUUAUGCUCACAGCAGCUCGAUUGGCCGCGUCUCCAGCAGACCCUACCACCUCGAUUCUCUGCGCGACUCUGGGCGCACACACCACGCCGGCAGCUACAGCUAUCCGCGGCCGCACGCCGAGCAUCGCUACUCACACGAGUCGCACCCCUACCACGUCCCUUCAUACUCUUCGAGCUCGGUCGCUAGCUAUGGCGCACCGCGGGAUGGAGGCCUUUCGUCGUAUCCUCUUCCAGGUCAGGCAUACCAUCAAAUUGGAUACACCGACGACGCCGCGACCAAGCUCAGCGACCGCAUGCGGCGACGAUGCUACAACUGCAGCACGACGGACACCUCGACAUGGCGUCGGUCUAACCUCAGCCCUGGAAAAGUUCUGUGCAACAAGUGCGGCCUCUUCGAGCGCACACACGGCCGGUCGCGCCCUGAACAGUUCCCACACCGCCGUGGCCCGCUCGCGACGACCACCUCAGGCAGCGUGCCCUCUGCGAUGCGCCCGCGGAGCCCUGGCGGGCAGCCGUCAUCAGUGGGCUUGUCGACGGCGCUCCCGCCGAUCUCUGCACACGUGGGCUCGCUUGUGCCGCACCAAUACACGCACCCGUCUAUCGCGCCGCUCUCGUCCAUUCCGGACACACGCGGACGCUCGCACAGCGGAUCGCUGCCCAGCAUGAAUUCGUGGGUCGAUGCGGGAGCGUCGCGCGCCUCGGGCAUGUAUGCGCCUGGCAGCCCUGGGCGGCUGCAUGAGCUGCAGAGGGCGAGGAGUCCGCCAAGGUUCGGGCAUGUGGACGCUGAGGCGGCCGUCGCGUGAGCCGAUGAGCCGAUGAGCCGAGUGGGACCAGGGCCAGCGUAGGCUACUAAAGUCUCGUUGGUCAUUGGCCCAGGUGCCGCGGUGCUGUUAGAUCGGCGCUCUCGUUUUUCGACUCGGCUCUGGCGCAGGCGCAAGCGCGCCUGUGCAAUCCUCACUGUUCUCCUCAUCUCUUCUCGAUUUCCCGCUGUUUCCUACUGCCGCCGCAUGCAUCCUCAAUGGAACAGUCCAUGCCUGCUCUCGCUUCGUUUGUCGGUUACCCUCCCUAGCGUAAUCCUCUGCGUCAGUUCUCAUUCUCAUGCCAUGCACAUUCUGCUCUCGCGUUCUGCCGCACCAUGCUUUUUUUGCUCCAUGCCCGUUCACCAUUCCCCGGUAUCAGGUUUUGCUGCCGCUGCAUCGAUAUCUUGCCCACCCCUCGUGGUCACCUCCACAUUCGCCCAACAUAGAAAAAUGGCAGACGGCUCAGCCCGCUCGGCCUUCCUUCGCUACGUAAUUAUUGGCAGCGCCCUCGCAACACGCUUUCUUCUCAGGCUCGGGAGCGGGGGCGCAUCGAGCGCCCGUCGGCUGAUCCCCGUUCCCCGUCGUCGUCGGGCGCCACUCCCGCUUACCAUUCUCUGCGGCGCUGCCACGGUUCGCUUUCGCUGUCCAUCCGCGUUAUGCUUUUUUUUGCCCCUUUUCUUCUCCCAACAAACCGUGUAAUUCUGCAGUUUGCAUUUUCUUGAGACGCACGUAACCAAAUUGUAUCACUACGAUCCCCCUCUGCUUGUCUUGACAGAACGAGAGUUACAAAAUUAGGACUUUUACAGUAAAAAGUUUAUUCCGUUGAUUCCGAUAUACCUCUCUGGCUCUGCACCUGCACCUGCAUUAUUUAUCGACAUCCCACCAUACCACUUGCUACGGCUUUAAAGUUUAUUUUUUGCUGCUUUUUCUAGUAGUUCUUCUGUGGCUACGAUUUCUUGAUCAAUGCAUACAUGCAUUCGCGGGCGCCCGUAGGCCUAGAUGGCUUUGCCC